ACUCCAAAAUAAAAACUAAAAUGACAACUUGUACUUGUCAAAUUAUUUCCAGUUUGAUGUUGGAUGCUUGUUAGAGACAAGAGUACAAGAGCGUAAGAUGCAGAGUUUGAUGUCAAGUAUAUUUCAGGAUUGGUCUGUGCUGACAAAUUACGAGUAUAAUAGACGUGGUCGCAUUUGGGUCGUAUGGCGUAACAAUGCAAGGCUUAGUCCAUUCUACAAAAGUGGUCAGCUUAUAACGUGUUCAGUGAAAUUGGAAGACCGAGAGGAGGAAUUUUUUUGUUCUUUCCUCUAUGCCUCAAAUUUUGCAACAGAACGUAAAGAGUUAUGGAAUGAGCUGCGAGAUCAUUAUGACUCUCAAAUCAUCCGAAAUAAACCAUGGAUUAUUUUCGGAGAUUUUAAUGAAAUUCUAGAUAUGGAGGAGCACUCCCGAGGAGAGGAGAAUCCCCAUAUUACGUCGGGGAUGCGUGAUUUCCAAGCUGCGGUAAAUUAUUGUGCUCUCACAGAUUUAGCUUCUGGCCCGCUCUACACCUGGAGCAAUAGACAAGAAGGUGAUCUUAUAUCCAAAAAGUUGGACCGGGUAUUGGUGAAUGACUGUUGGAAGCAGAGUUUUCCGCAUUCGUAUAAUGCGUUUGAGGCAGGAGGGUGCUCGGACCAUUUACGAUGUCGGAUUAAUCUCAAUAUGGCAGCUGGCGCACGUGUCAAGGGGAAAAAACCGUUCAAAUUCAUUAAUGCAAUCACGGAUAUGACUGAAUUUAAGCCGAUGGUGGAGGACUACUGGUCCAAAACAGAGCCUAUUUUCAUGUCAACAUCUUCCAUGUUCAGAUUUACAAAGAAGCUGAAAGCUUUAAAGCCGAAGAUAAGACAUUUGGCAAAAGAAAGAAUGGGAAAUUUGAUAAAGCAAACAAAGGAGGCGUACGAAACGCUCUGUGAGAAGCAAGAAACGAAUUUAAAAACUCCUUCACCACAAGCCAUGGAAGAGGAAGCUACUGCUCAUGAUAGAUGGGAAAGACUGGCGGGUAUAGAGGAGAAGUUCUUAAAGCAAAAAUCCAAGCUUCACUGGCUUAAGGUGGGAGACAAAAAUAAUAAAACCUUUCAUAGAGCAGUCAUGGCUAGAGUAGCGCAAAAUUCAAUCCGGGAGAUACAGAGAUAGGAUGGAAGUGUCACAGCAAAAGAAGAAGAGAUUAAAGAGGAAGCUGAAAGAUUCUUCAGAGAAUUCUUACAGUUGAUACCUAAUGAUUAUGAGGGAGCUACAAUGGAGGACCUAGCUGACUUGUUACCGUUUCGGUGUAACGAUGAUGAGAAGGAGAGACUAAUAAGACCAAUCACAGAGAUGGAAAUCAAGGAGGUGUUAUUCU